AUGAAACACAGCAAAACAUCGGCGCCACUUAAACGAUGCUAUAGCCGUAUAAACGUUGGUGCCCUACAAGAGGCCGCGGAGCACGUGGAUUGGGUACCGCUAGCUCCUGAGCCAAUGUUGGAAGAGCGAUGGCUUGACAUUAAGACAGGGCCGUUUAGAAUGAACGAUAAGCUUGCUCCCUUCAAACAGGAGCAAUGUGCAAAGACCUACUUGGCGGAAGCCACAGCUAGAGAACGUAGUCGACCUGUUGGCUCUUGUAAGACACCUUAUUUGGUUCUCGAUUGCUUGAGUGCUAUCGGUCGCAUAUUUGAGGUUUGCUUUAUUGUAAAUUUGGAAUGA